GUGGCAUGAAGAUAUACGAUCUUCAGAACGGGAGAAAUUGACGUUCAAAGAUUUUGCCCGCGAACAUCAAAAGGUCUGCACAACACUAAUUUGAGCUCGUUUCAUUCAAAAUAUGCAAAAAAUGGCAGAAUGAUUUUAUACAUGUUAUGCACAACAGGUGUACUCCACACUUGACCGCAUUAUACUUCCGGUAUUAGGUGGUUUACACGUAUAUCGGUCAGAACAAAAUGACUUAUUCAUGACAACCUUUAGAUUACAUGACCUGUAAUGUAAUCUAAUUACAACAAAUGUACUACAAAGAGGUAGCACUUGCCACACAGUCACAACUGUAUUGUACAAGAGGUACAAAAAUCCAAAUCCAAUCUCAGACUAAGGCCUUAUUUCCUUUGCAGCACCAUGCCUUCCUCGGAGAUCCAGCACUGGCCCAUACUACUGUCCAGCUUCACAGUGAUCGGUCUGACCUACGGUCUGGCCAGCUGCGUUGGAGUAUUCUACAUUGAGUGGUUUGCGGAGUUCCCGGAGAGCGCCGCGCUGGUCGGCGGGCUGUCUGUGUCUGUGCUGGUCCUGCUCUUGUGUUCCUCCCCAUUUGCCAGUGCACUGGCUAAGUUCUACGGUGUUCGUACUGUGGUGGCGGCUGGGGCUUGCUUGUCAUUUGCUGGACUUCUUUGCUCAUCAUUAGCCCACGAAGUCUACGUUUUAUUCAUCACCAUUCCAUUCAUGGCAGGAAUUGGCUUUGGGUUGUCCCACAUGGGUGUCCUCAUCAUAAUCAGUGAGUACUUUCACAAGCACUAUGCCAUGGCUAACGGCAUCGCCACGACAGGUGCCAGCGUGGGCAUGAUAGUCCUGCCCACCCUCUGCGUCUUCCUGAUCAAGCUGUAUGGCUGGCGGGGCGCCCUCAAAGUCUUGAGUGCAGUGCAGGCAAAUGUGUUGGUGUGCGCCGGGCUGCUGAAGGCACCGGUUGACAGGAGAGACAAGCGAAAGCUAGUUGGAGAUGGACAGAACAGGAACAGUACCGGUAGCUACGGCAGCACAAAACUGUCGCAUCGGGGAAGGAACGGGGAGUACGUGUAUAGUCAGCUUCUCAAGAAUGAAGGAAGCUCUAAAGAUGUGUCGCACACAAUGAAUGAAUCACAGAGUGACUGUGAAACUGUCCAGGAUGUUGAAAAUAUGUUAGAGAAGUCAGCUCAGGGAGGGAAAUGGUGUCAGAGGUUUGCGCAUCUCCUGGACCGCUCAGGGCUGUCACUGCUGUGGACCAAUCGUGUCUUCAUGAGCUUCCUACCGGCAGUGUUCACCAACACAAGCAUCUAUGGCGUCAGCCUCGCCUACAUCGCCGCCCGGGCGGAGUCGGUGGGCGUGCCGAACCUCCAAGCCACCUCCCUGAUCUCCACGAUCGGCAUCGCAAACAUCGCCAGUCGGUUGACCCACGGGCAUCUUGUGGAUGCUGGACUGGUGCAGCCAGCGUACCUUUACGCCAUCUUUGUCGCGUUGGCGACGAUCGCUGGUCCCAUCAUCGCGAUGAUCGAGAGUUAUCCAGGGUUCUUGGUUUGCGCGGUACUGGUGGGGUUGUCGGCAGGUGUGUACGUCCCAAUGCAGAACACCCUCACACGUCAGAUUGCCGGGCAAGAGAAAUUCCCUGAAGCAUCCGGCAUUGGUUUGGUGGUAUCUGCUAGUGGAGACCUGCUGUCGGCACUUAUGGCUGGCUACUUGCAUGAUGUGACCAGCAGCUACAGCGGAGGGUUCAUCAUGAUGGGUGUAGUAUCCGGACUCUGCGUAGCCCUGACGUUAAUGCUUCACCUGAUUUGGACCAGACUAAUCCCAGAUGAUCGCUGGCCGAGAGUCUAGUCUACGGAUUGAUACGGGAAUCUCAGCUGGCUGGUCAGAGUUGAAAGCUAUAGUCCAUCAUUUGCAGCCAUCCGAAAAAGUAACUGGGGUAUUAUUGUUGAAAACCAUACUUGGUUGAA